AUGGGUCUUGCAUUCUCAAAGCUUUUCGACAGGCUAUGGGGGAAGAAAGAGAUGAGAAUCCUGAUGGUGGGUCUUGAUGCCGCUGGAAAGACCACCAUCUUGUAUAAACUCAAGCUCGGCGAAAUUGUUACCACAAUUCCCACAAUUGGCUUCAACGUUGAGACGGUCGAGUACAAGAACAUUCAAUUCACGGUGUGGGAUGUUGGUGGUCAAGACAAGAUCCGACCUCUGUGGAGGCAUUAUUUCCAGAACACCCAGGGAAUCAUCUUUGUUGUCGAUUCCAACGACCGAGAUCGUAUUGUUGAGGCACGUGAGGAACUUCAGCGCAUGCUCAACGAGGAUGAGCUACGUGAUGCCUUGCUCUUGGUUUUCGCCAACAAACAGGAUCUUCCCAAUGCCAUGAACGCCGCCGAAAUCACCGACAAGCUUGGUCUCCACAGUCUUCGACAACGUGCCUGGUACAUUCAAUCCACCUGCGCUACCUCGGGUGAUGGUCUCUAUGAAGGUCUCGAAUGGUUGAGCAACUCUCUCCGGAAGGCCGGUCACAACUGA